AUGGCUCUGCGUCGAUUCAACGCCGGCGGCAAGAAGCAGAAGGAGCUGACGGAAGAGCAGAAGCAGGAAAUCAAAGAGGCCUUCGACCUGUUCGAUACAGAUGGCUCAGGUGAGAUCGACUCCAAGGAGCUGAAGGUCGCCAUGCGCGCCCUUGGCUUCGAGCCGAAGAAGGAAGAAAUCCAGAAGAUGAUUUCUGACGUGGACGAUGAUGGCAGCGGCACCAUCGGCUACGAAGAGUUCCUGAAGAUGAUGACCCACAAGAUCCUGAACCGUGAUCCGAAGGACGAGAUCCUCAAGGCCUUCCGACUCUUCGAUGACGAUGAGACCGGUAAGAUUUCCUUCAAGAACUUGAAGCGAGUGGCCAAGGAUCAGCCGUUGAGCCUUCAAGGGGUCUUGAUCUAUCCGCACCACUGCAGCAUAAUCUCAGCGUUAAGCCUGCUGGUGGAUCGAAAGGCAGCACAGGGUUGA